AUGUCAAAAGAUCAUCAAAUCAACAAAUCUAUCAAGUUUCAACUACAAGAAGACAAGGCUCAUGUAUCUCAUGGUGAAAUCAAUUUCCAAAAACAAUUCUUCAAGAGUUUUGUAUUCAAUCACAAAGGUUUUGAAACUAGUGAAUUAGAUCAUGAUGAAAAUGAUGAAGUUAUUUAUUGUUUUAGUAUAAGGUCCAAGAUAUUAUCUGUAUUAUUCAGGAAAACUGAUGAUGAUAUCGAAAGUUAUAGAAUUGCAUUGGAAGGUCAAGGGUACAAGUUGAAUGUUGAAGUAAGGACUAAAUCAUUGAUAAGGAAACAAUAUAAUCCAUAUUAUCAGAUGUAUAAAUAUGAUAAAUUAGGUGUUGCUAAACGUUAUAAAGAUUUAUUUAUCAAGCAGAAUAAAAGAUUGGAUGAUGAUGAAGAUGAUGAUGAAAAUGAAAUCAAUUACCUAAUGAUUGAUAAUCAUAUAUUGAAAGGGUUUUUAGAUAAUGUUAAUUCAUCAAGUACAGAAGAUUUUAAAUUAGAAGUUAAUGAAAAAAAUUUUAGUAUUACAGCAUUUACAAAAGGGAUUUAUAUCAAAGAGAAAGAAAUUUUAAAACAACCAAUGGCUAUUAAUAUCAUAUUUAGUACUGAAGAAUUAUUAGACCUAAAACUUUGGUCUUCAAACACCCAAGAUAAACAAAUUAUUUAUAGAUUAAAAGAUUUUAAAACUUUUUUAAACUUGGGUAAUGGUUCAGAUUUUAUUGAAAUUUGGUUUAUCAAACCUGGUGAUCCUAUAUUAUUUGAAAUUAAUAAAAACGAUGUUACAAUUCAAUUUGUUCAAGUUACAGAUGGUGAAAAUAAUCAUAUUAAUUUAGAAAAAAACACUAAAGUUAUACCCAAGGAACAAAUAAUCAAGAAGUCAAAGAAACAAGCUAUCAAAAACCCUACAAAGACCAAUAAUGACGUUAUUUAUGAUCAUACUGAGGAAUUAACUAAUGAAUUUGGUGCAGAACCAAUGUUUGUACCUGAAGAUGAAGAUUAUCAAGAACCACAACCACCACGAAAUUUACCACCACCACCUAUACCAAAUCUACAAAAUGAUAUAUCAAUUGAAGAUGAUAUACAACAAGAUCAAGAUAUGUCUCAUGAAUCUUCACCUAAUAGAAAUGAUGAAAUUUCAUGGGGUGGUGAUCAUGACUUGAAUAAAGAGAAUAAGAUUAGUCAAUUGAUCCAAAAUUCUAAAAAAGAUGAAAGUAGAUUGAUUAAUGAAGCUAAAAUCAAAUAUUUGAACUCAUUAAAAUCAAAUAAUAAAAAACGUAAAUUGAAAAAAAAUCAAGAUUCAAUUGAAGAAGAAGAAUUAGGUCCUACACAAAAUAUUCAUAACAUAAAGGGAAUUUUUGAUUAG